AUGGCUACGAAGUCCUUACGAGCUCAAGUAUCUAAGUCGAAAGCAUUGGAUGAUAUAACAAAUGCAAUUAUUGGAAAGCAAAAUUAUGCUACUUCCGCAAGAGAGUCCGCGAUGUCUUCAUUCAACAUCAAAAUUAGUUCCAAACAAAUUUUCACAUGGAACCAUGUAAUCCAAAAAAUGGAAAUAAAAGAAAAUUCCACGAAGGAUUGGAUUAAUGACGGACACAAUUUUUCAGAUGAUUUUCGGAAAUUUCAGAAGUCGAUUAUCGAAAAAUUAAAAACUGAUCCAACUUUAAGCUAUGCAACUGAUAUUGAAUCUAUAAUGUAG